GCGGCAGCGGCCGCAACAGUUGGCCCCUGGCUGACUCAGCCCACAGAUCCCGAGUAGAGAACGCGAGCACCGCAGCACCCUCCAACGAGGCCGGCUGAACCAGGGUAACCGCGGAUAGCGGGAGCCGCGCCUGAGCGGAUGGGCAGCGAGGACCCGGGCCCUGACCACCGUGCCCCUGGCUCCGUCCCGCCCCGGGAGCGCAAGCCCCGCCCCUUCCGCCCGGCCACCCUGAAAUAAUUGCUAGGAAGGCCUCCGUAGCCAUGGCGAGUUCUGACGUGAAACCAAAAUCCAUAAGUCGUGCCAAGAAAUGGUCAGAAGAAAUAGAGAACCUGUACAGAUUCCAGCAAGCAGGGUAUCGGGACGAGAUCGAGUACAGACAAGUGAAGCAAGGCGCUAUGGUAGACCGCUGGCCAGAGACAGGCUACGUGAAGAAGCUUCAACGGAGGGACAAUACUUUCUACUACUACGACAAGCAGAGGGAGUGUGAGGACAAGGAAGUCCAUAAAGUGAAAGUUUACGCCUACUGACCUUCUCAUUCCUUUGGCUUGUCAAUCUUAUUUUACGAAUUCAUUGUUAACACUUUCCAUC